ACGAGGACGAAUGCGUUAAUUGUCACUUCCGGCUGUCAUUCCACGCGUCAAAAACAAAACAUUGGAAUAAAUUGUAUCGUUUUUGGAUAUUUUUAAUUCAUUUUUCAAUUGAGUUUCUCCAUUUUAUAACAGGACAACUAAGUAACUAUUCUCAGAAGUGUUCACACGACUAGAAAAUAUAAACUGAAUGUUUAAACCGCUUUAAUUUUCAAUUGAUAAUUUUGCUAAAAAUCUAAAUUUGUUAAUUGGAUUAAUUAUCAAAAGCAAGUGAUAUUCGUGUGCUAAACGUUUUGUCAAAAAAAGCAUUUAUGAGUGAGAAUAAUUGUAAAACCAAAUAAAAAGGAAAAUCAGCAAAAAUGACAGCGACUGGAGGGACGACUGGUCCUGGCUCGAAGAGCCCUGUUAAAAUAUUUGCCAACAUUUUCAUCUCCUUUAUUGGUGCUGGUGUUCUUGGAUUGCCAUUUGCUUUCAAAGAGGCUGGUAUUUUAGAAGGGGCCAUUGUAAUGAGUGUUGUUGGAAUAAUCAGUGUGAAAGCCAUGUUACUUCUGAUUGACUGCAAGUACAGGAUAUUAGAGAAAUAUAAACCACCAAUAAAGAAACAUGAUGGUCAUACAACAGAGAUAUCAGUAGAUCAGACUGAGGAGACCGAGGGUCUUAUCAACGGUGAAGUUCUCACUGAUCCUGACAUGGAAAUUGAAAAAAAUGAGAAUCACUCAUUCCAGGACUUUACACAAGAUGGUAGAAAUGGCUUUUGUAAUUUUGCCAACUUCAAGAGUAGCCAGGAACCAGCAAAUACCGAGAUUACAUAUGGAGAUGUGGGUUACCAGGCAAUAGGACAUGCUGGCAGGAUGUUAGUUGACAUGGCUAUAGUCAUAUCACAAACAGGAUUUUGUUGUGCAUACAUCAUUUUCAUCACAGAAAAUUUAUCAGCCUAUUUUCCAAAUAUGAAAAUGCAAGUCUGGUUGCUCAUUCUUCUACCUCCGUUAUCAAUUCUAACAUUAGCCAGGCAUCUUGGUGGUCUAGCUAUUACAAGUUUGCUUGCUCAGUGUUCAAACCUAUUUGCAUUUGCAGUGGUGUUAUGGUUUGAUUUUGAACAUCUUCAUACUAUAAAUGUUCAUCCAAAGAAGAUGAAAAUCCAAGGACUUCCAUUUUUCCUGGCUAUAUCAAUCUACUGUUAUGAGGGAGCUGGUAUGAUCCUUCAUUUAGAAUCAUCAGUAGCAGAACCAGUUAGAUACAAGUUUAAAAGGUAUUUUAUAACCACCAUGUUUAUAGUAACAACGAUGUAUGUGUCAUUUGGAAGCUGUGGAUAUGCUUCUUUUGGAAAAGAAACCAACCAAAUUAUUACUUUGAAUUUACCUCAAGGAGAGUCUCUAGAUUUUUCAAUGAUAGUCAAAUCAUGUUUGUGUCUUGCCUUAUUUUUUACGUAUCCAGUAAUGAUGUUUCCUGUCAUGCAGAUUUUAGAUGGUUAUCUUAUAUGGGAACCAGAUAACAAUAAAGGAAAAGGGAAUGUGUUGAGAAUAUCUAUGGUAUUACUGACAGGGUUAAUUGUGUUGAUGAUACCUAGUUUCACUAAUAUCAUGGCUCUAGUUGGUGCUACAUGCUGUACAUUGCUAGCAUUUACAUUACCUGGUCUCUUCCAUAUGACCAUCUUUAAAGGGUCACUUUCAAAGUUACAAGUAUCAUUUGAUUGGUUUCUGGUAAUUCUUGGUGUUAUUGGAGCAAUCAUUGGAACAUUAGACACUUUAAACAGACUUGCAAAGACAGCAGAAGUGCAAGUUCCGCGUGAUAUCUUAGCCAACCAUACAGCAGUAGCAGCUACUGGAGAAAGCUGAUGAUCUAAAUAUAGAAAUAGCUAAAAAUAGAAAUAUAGCAAUUCUGUGAUCUUGUAACUCAUAAACAUACAUGUAUAUAUUUCUUAGCUCUGGUUACAAAGUGGGCCAACAAUUUUGUCACCUGUAUAAAUAAGAUGGGUAAUGUGGAUCAAUUUAUACUUUCAUAUAGAGAAAAAUCAACAUUAAAAAUGUUGACCAUUAUGUGCAUUUCGAAUCAAUGUCAUGACCUUAAACUAAGUAUUUAUUAUCAAACUGAAUCUAUACAUAUUAAUCACCUCGACAUAGAAUAAUUCAAUCAGUUUGUAUGCCGGUACAGUGAACCUGCUUUAACAAGUUAGAUACAUCUACUGUUCUACUUGUACCAAUGGCUUCAUACCACAUUAUAUUAUUAAUAUUAUACUUAUUGCUGAUACAUAGACAAUGAUUCUGGUCCCUGUUAGAUUGUAUGUCAUUUACCUUCGACUCUAAGAUCAGAGUGAAUCUUGAUAUAAAGCAGUUUGGUUCUUUUUCACUGCCAUUUGAUUUGUUGAACUUUGUAACAAAGAUUAAUGCAUAUCGUUCAGUAGAUGUGUCAUUGUUUCAAUGUUUACAGUAUUUCUGUGUGUAGAGAGUGAUGGUUAGGCAAUGCUAGGAUUUUCUUGUACAGAAAAUAUCAUAGUUUGUUACUGUUGUAAAUAUGCAUGUAUACAGAUCAUGGUGGUAAUUAAGACACAUUAGUAUUAGUAUUUAUGUGUUUAUGUAUGUACUGGAAAUUCAUAAAUGUGUCACAAGAUAUAAAAAAGGAUGAAAAACAAAAAUUUAAAAUGGUAUGUCGUUUCAUGAAUGUUUUAUGUGUUGGAAAUAUAGAAUAAGUUGUUUAUUGAAGUGUGAUAUUACUUGGUUCAUGCUCAGGUGUCCAGAAUUAUAAAUACGAAGGUAAUAUUCCUCUGUUAUUAAGUACAAAUCAGCUAAAUUAUCUAAAUGAUAAACAGUGCAAUAUAAGAUGAUAAUUCAAGAAAUAUAAACAGCUAUAUCCAUUCUUAUAUGCUAAAAAAUAGACAUUGGACAAUUAAAAAUACAUUCAUGUGAGAAGUAAUUUAUCUGACAGUAUCUAUUUUGGUAGAUGUCAUAUCUGAUGCCAAUCAGUCUGUAAAUGGUCCCACUUUAAUUUCGUGCAUGUAGAGCUUAAUCAUUGUAUUAUAAGGAAAUUAUGGAAACUAUGUUAGAAUAACAUUGUUUUAUCCAGUCAAGAGUCUAUGUUUUAUAAGGAAAUUAUGAGAACUGUUCUUGAGUUACACAUUUAAUUAUUCAGUUAAGAGUUUAAUCUGUGUUAUAAGGAAAUUAUAGGGACUGUGUUAAAAUUACUCAUUGUUUUAUCCAGUCUAGAGUUUAUUAUGUACAAGGAAAUUGUGGGAAUAUGUUCAAGUUCGAAGUAAAACAUUGCUAUAUUCAGUCACUACAGGUGCUUAUAAAUAUGUAUCUUAGAAAACCAAAAAUGUUUUCAACUAAGCUAGUUCUAUUUUUACAGUAUUAUAUAAUUAUAAUGUAUCGUGUAAAUAUGUCAUACAAUCAUAGCUUUAUGUUGUUUUAAUAUUAUCUAAGUUGACUUAUUCUACGAAUUAGAAUUUCUGGGAAAUCUUCUUUGUUUGAUGUCAAACAAUCAUUUUUGUGUUGUUUAUAUACUAUCUUGCUUUACUUAUUUUAUGAAUUAGAAUUUUCUGGGAAAGCUUCUUUGUUUGAUGUUAAAGCUUUAAAGAGAAGGCUGUAGAAGAGCUUUAAUGUUUAGAUAGGUUUAUUUUAUUUAAAUUCUCGGUAACUAAAUUAAAAGUUACCAUUUAUUGUUUCAAUGAGUGAAAUAUUCAUUGAACGUGUUGUAAAAUGUAUUUAUUAUCUUGUCAUUUACUUAUCAACUCAUUAUAAACAUAUUGUGCUCCUGGUGAGCUCUUCAAAAUCAUUUCGAUUUUUGAAUUUUCUCUGCAUUUUUGUAUACAUUCUUGUGUUAACAUAGACCAAAGAAAAAUAUCUUUACCAAUUUUCUUUUCUAUACUUGACUGCUUGCAGCCAGGGAUGAUUUUCUUUUUUAUUUUAUUUUCUUUUGAGUAAUUAUCAUCAGGGAUUUUGAUAAUGGUUUGGUUUGGUAUUGGGGGGAGAGAUAUUUUGAAAAAAUUGAAUGACUUCUGACAAAAGAAAAGUAAUAACAUGUAGCAGGGAUCAGUAAAGUUAUAUUUGUACAUAUAGUUAUUGGCUCUAUGAUAAGGUUAAGUCUCAUUAUAUACAGAUAGGCUCUGGUUGAUAACCUAAGUAGGGCGAACAUAAGACUGCUGGACAUCUAGUUUGCAAGUUCAAACCCUGAAUAGGGCACAUCUUUUAAUACAAGAAAUUAUAUUAUAUACAAUUCAUCAUUAUUUUUUAUACAAUGUUUAACAUAUCUUCAGUAAUAAACAUGCAUAUCUUUAAUAUUUUGAAAGUAAUUGAUAGAAAAUUUUAUAAAGGAAUCAAAGAUAAAUUGAGCUGUAUGAAAUAAAGCUGUAAUAUUAAAUAUGGUUUGAGUAAUGGGUUAUCUUUAGGGAGGGGGAUACAAUGUCAUCUUGCAACCAUUAAUAGCAUUGUUUCCUUUUGUAAACAGUUACAUUUCACCAGGAUAUACCUGUCUUUACCAGUUGCCAGUACAGGAUUUUAUAUUUUUAUUACUUUAGUUAUUUGCAAGUUACAAUCAAGGUGGUAUCAUUUUUUAUUUUACAUAUCCAUUUGUAUUUCAAGUAUUUUUUCCCAUUGCCGGAGCUUACUUUCAAAUUAUUUUUUUAAUUUUCAAAAUUAUAAUUAUACAGAUGAGUAACAUAUCAUUUUGUGUAUGUUACUUUUUGAACCACCACCAACUUGAGAUAUCAUCACCAGAAUCAUUUCAGGUUUUAUUUAUUAUCAUAGAUGUAUAAUACCUUAUAAAAGUUUAUGAAUCCUUCUAUUGUUUUAUUUAUUGUGACAAGAUUCCAAAUGCCAUAGUUAUAUUCACAUGAUUAUUAAAACAAAUUUUUGGGUGGGUCAGUCAUUCACUUUUCUUACCAUCUGACUGAGAAUAAUAUUGUAAAUUUUGCGUAACUGAGGAUGACCAAUCCUUGCCAAAUUUUUAGAGAAGAUAACGCACUUUGGCACUUAAUCAUUAAUU